AUGGCGAUGGCUCUGGCGAUACUGCGGGACUGGUGCAGGUCGAUGGGCGUGAACGCUCAGCGAUCUCUGCUCAUCCUGGGCGUCCCAGACGACGUUGAAGACCAGGAAUUCCAGGAGGCUGUGCAGGCUGCCCUGCGUUCCCUGGGCAGGUACCGAGUGCUGCGCAAGGGCUACAGAAAGGAGCUGGGGUCGAGGGUUGCCCUGGUCGAGUUUGCUGAGUAUAUAAAUCGAAGCUUGAUCCCCCGCCAAAUACCAGGCAAGGGGGGGCCCUGGACUGUGGCCUGCCUGCCCCAGGCCCCUGAUGCUGAGUCACAGGAUAGACCCAGUUUCCCUGCACAGCCCCAGAGACAAGCAGUGGUUGGCAGGGCAGGUGAGGCAGGAACUGCAGGUCACUCAGGAACUGCGGGUGAGGAGGAAGCUGUAGGGGAGGCGGGAGCCGCAGGUAUGGAGGGAGACGCAGGUGAGGAGGAAGGCUUAGGUGAGGUGGCAGCGGGAGGUGAGGAAGGAGCUGGAGUUGAGGCAGGAGCUGCAGGUGAGGCAGGAGGUGCAGGUGAGGGAGGGGCUGGAGGUGAGGCAGGGGCUGGAGGCGAGGAAGGAGCUGCAGGUGAGGAGGGAGCUGCAGGUGAGGCAGGAGGUGCAGGUGAGGCAGGAGCUGCAGGUGAGGCAGGAGGUGCAGGUGAGGCAGGAGGUGCAGGUGAGGCAGGAGGUACAGGUGAGGAAGGGGCUGGAGGUGAGGCAGGGGUUGAGGGUCAAGCAGGAGCUGAAGGUGAAGCAGGAGUGUCAGACGACGAGGGAGCUGCAGGUGAAGGAAAUGUUGCAGGCGAGGCAGCACUUCCGAGUAUGGCAGGACCCGCGGGCGAGGCAAUGACCGCGGCUGAGGAAGCAGCUGUGGAAGCGGCAGGCGCCAUGGGUGAGGCGGCGCCCUGGACCCAGCAGUGGAGGCAGGCCUUGCAGGCCGUGCCAGACACCGCGGGCUCCCAGGAGCUGGGAACCUUCUCUGGGAUGCAAGAGCCGGGCCACGGGGAAGAGUCCUUUGAGAGCUGGCUGGAGCAGGCCAGCGACAUGCUGCACCUGUGGCGCCACGUGUCUGAGGGGGAGAGGAGGAGGAGGCUGGUGGAGAGCCUGCGCGGCCCCGCGCUGGACGUCCUGCGCGGCCUCCUGGCGGAAGAUCCCGAGCUGGCCGCCCAGGACUGCCUGGCCGCGCUGGUGCAGGUGUUUGGGAACACGGACCCCCGGGAGAGCGCUCGGCUGAAGUUCCUGACCUGUGCCCAGCGGCCCGAGGAGACUCUCCCUGCGUACGUGAUGCGCCUGGAAGGCCUGCUGCAGUCGGCCCUGGAGAAGGGGGCCAUCCUCCCGGCCGUGGCGGACCAGGUGCGCGCCCGGCAGGUGCUGAUGCGGGCCCGGCUGAACGACACGCUCCAGCAGACGCUGAGGACGCAGCUGAUGACCAGGCCUCCCGGCUUCGUGCGGAUGCUGCGGCUCCUCCAGAUGACCGAGGCCUGCGAGGCCGCCCUGGCUAGCAGGGAGCUGUUCCCAGGGGAAGAAGAGGCCCGUGUGGACGUUGGAGUCCUGGCAGCAGCCUCCCAGGCCGCCGCGGCCCAUGAGGCCAUCACCGCGGGCACCACUGUGGAUGGCACCAAGGCCUCCCCGGCCGGUGAAGAUACCUCCACCCAGGCCGCCCUUUCCAAGCAAGGUAGCGCCGAGGACCACCCGGCGCCCGAAGAGGCCAGUGAGGCAGUUGCGGGCACUGCCAAGGCUGGCGAGGCGGGCCCUGAAGACCAUGGUGCCGCCAGGGCAGCCCCUGGCCCUGGGGAGACCAGCAAGGCCUCCGCGGCCACUCAGGAAGGUGGAAGAGCUCCCGGCCCUGCGGGCCUAGGUCCGGCAGGACCCACACAUGCCCGCGGAGUCCCCAUGCCUGGCCGGAUGGGCAGUGCUUCCCCGGUGGCCCCAGGAGGUCCUGGCUGGGAGCCAGAGGGCCUCGCCCAGGCAGGAGGCCAGCAGGCCGAGGAGACCCCUGAGGAGGGGCUCCAGCAUGUCCCAGAAGAGCCAGGAAAUGAGGACGGGGCUGCAGAGAUGAGCCCCCCGGGGUCGUCCUCGGGCCAGUAGGCUCAGCAGGCCCCGGGGCCCCCAGGCUUGGAGGCAGGGGGAGGCCAGCCCUGGCAGCCUCCUGGCCCCAUGUUAGGGGCCACUCAAGGUGCCUGGGCCUCCCUCCCGAGAGGGGACCCCUGUUCGUCAUCCCCUGGGCAGGCUGCUCCCUGUCCUGGCGAGCCCCAAUGUGUCCCUGUAGGCCCCAGAGGGACCCAGGUGUCAAGGAACCCCCCCAGCCCCCGCUCCCCUCCCCCCCAACACACACACCCUAGCCAUCGCCCCCCCGGAGAGCCCUGAGGUACGACACGUGCCAGCCAAGGCUCUGGUCUGUGUGGGCCAGUGUCGUGA